CAUGCAAAAGUUAUGAUGGCGGAAAAUAUUAUAGAUAUUUGGCAUUCAUCGGUAUUUAUAAUGACACUCGCGAAAUAAUCUUUCCUUGCUUCGAACAAUUUAACCAUGUCCACUAACGAAGGAAUAUCUCUCGCCUCGGUGCGGGAUUUUUUAGUUAAGAACGACGGAAAAGUGAAAAACACAGAUUUAGUCCAUCAUUUUCGACAACAGCUGAACGAUUCAGCAAACAAAAGUGAGUUGAAUAAUUUGUUGUUUUCCGUUUCGAUUCGACGGAAUAUAUAUUUUUUCGUUAUGUAUGCCUCAUUAUAACUGAAACUGAUACCUUCUUUCAGGUAAAGUGCGAGGUGAAUUUAAGGAAAUUGUGCAUACUAUCGCGACGGUACAAACUAUAGAUGUAAGUACAGAAUCGAAGUUGUUGACUGCGGCGUAUUUGUGAAUAAUUAUGUUACCCGCUAAUGUAAAGAUUGAUCGGUGUACUUAUUUCUUCGAUCAAUUCAAGGGAGAAUUAAAAUUUUUUAAUCCUAAAUUUGCAUUACUAGUUUCAUUACCUAAGUAAUUAGAAAGUGUCUUCAAUUUUAUUGUCGCAUAUUGUUAACAUUGGAGCUAAUUCGAGCUAUUAAAGCUUUCUUUACUUUGUAAUCGUUAUUUUUAUUCGUGAUAAAUGUAAACUAUUAUUUUUGGGCUUCAUGUAAAGGCCUAUAUCGACUCAGUUAGUUAACAUACUCGCCGAAACCCCUUUUGCUAAAUUAUGGAAACCACUUUUAAGAGUACUUCAAUAUCAGAGGCAUUUUAAGAACUGGCAAUGAGAAUUAAAUACAGAAAUUAUACCAUUUAAUGAUGUUGAAACUUUCAGUUCUCGUUUAUUGCUUAUAUGUAGUUUGUUUUGCCAUGAGCUUUUAACAAUUAUUACUCUUGCUAGUUGUCAUUUCGAUGUUGGUUAAUAUGAUUUCAAGUCAAAACAAGUUCAAAUCAGCACUAUUUGUGUUUUCAUUGGGGAUAAUACAUGUCUAAACAGAGCAAAAUGAAGAAUAAUCGAACUUAUUUAGUCCAUUUAGUCUAACUGCAACAUGUACAAUUAGGUGAUAGUGAAACUAAUCAAAAGCAGAUAUAGGGCUGAGUAACUGACUUUAUCUAGAGGAGAAAUUUGAGUGGUCUGUAAGGGAACAUGCAAAUAAAACUGGCAGUUGGAAGGUAAAACUUUGCCCCAUAGAGAAGGUAUUCACAUCUCUGGCGACAUCCUAAGAGUUGGUUUUAAUACAUUGUUAUUUGGUAAACAGCUAUAUGUACACACCUUUCCACAAUAUCCUGAGCUUAUCAGGCCUAUAGUAAAACGACACAGAGCUUUUAUUAUUCUUAAAUUAAUAAUAAUAGUAAUAAUAGUUUAUGAUUACAGCUUCACCUGGGAGACAUAAUGUUUGAUUUAGGAAAUGAGAUAAUUUAACCAUUAAUGAUUCAUUCUCCAGCCCUGUUUCUUUGGUGAAUUGGAUAUAAUUUAUUUAAGAAUUAUUUUUUCGAAACAAACCCUGCACUGAAAUUAAUUUGUUUGAUAAAGUUGAAAUAACAUUAUUCCUCUAAACAUUUAUUAAUUUUGAAUUUGCAGGCAUCAUCCUGUUUGAUUAGAUUCUUUAAGAUUAAGUCAAAAUUUUGUAAAAUGCUUGACAAAGAUUAUCCUUUUUUUUCUCUGCACAAUAACAGGGAGAAAAGUACUUUGUACUCAAGAAGCCUAAGGAAGCUCCUGCAGUGCUCCGUAAACCGCCUAGGCCAGCUAAGGCACGACCUGUAUCUGGUCCCCCUGUAUUCCGAGGAGCAAAGCUGGAAGAAGUGCCAUUAGGCUCAGGGGCACAAUCAAACCCUAGAAGACAGUCAACAACAGAGGAUGAAUUGCCAGCCCUUGGUCAUCCAAAUAAAGAAAACAGACCUCUAGAGAAAAGAGAGGGAACAGAUGGUAUAGGGCAUUUGGGGAGCGCAGAAUCUGUGGACAGUGGUCUGGAGUCCAAUGUGAGUCCAAUCACAUUUUUUUUUUAAAUGGUUCUCUUUUGUGAAUUAUUUGGGUCAGAUUGUAUUAAUUAAAAUUUUAUACAUUUAAUUGUAUGAUUAAAUGUUUUAAUACAUCACAUGGUUGUAAAAAGAAACUGAGGCUAUGGAGAUUGCAGUCAAUUCUCCAAUGAGGAGUUCAGAGUUUAAACAAGUGUUAAGGUGGAAUUUGUUGUGUCCAUUAAUUUUCUAAAAUGUGCCUGUUUAUUUAUUGUUUCAAUAUACUAUAUGCAUCAUACAUUUAUGUAAUUUUCACUAUACAAAUUAUUAUUGUUAUCAUAAUAUUAUAAGCUGUUGUAUUAUCAUUUCAAAGACUGGAAACUGAAAUUGUGAAUACUGAAUUACAUGUAUGUAAUACUUGUUUUAAGGGAGGCUCAGUGGGAAGUGUAUCUACAUCAACUUUCAAAAUGCUGCAAAAUCAGUUUCUAAAUGGUGGGAGUGGAUCCACUACUAAUGUUCAGCCAGAAAGAUUGUCACAAAGCAAUGAUGACCUGGUGAGUACCAAAUUCUAUCAGAUCACUGUAGUAGUUGGUAGUUGUCACAGAGUAAUUGAAAAUUUACAUUUACAGUGUACCAGUUACUUAAUAAUUUUACACACGGUUUUAGUCAAGAGCUGGAAGCCAGCAAAGUUUUCAUGCUUCUCUGCAAGGCUUCACCAGCUACCAAAUUGGAUUUCAAAAUUUAAUGAUUUUGACUGUAUAAUAGCAGCUUAAUUCAUCCUACUAAUGUCAAAGUUUGACAGCCCAAAGUGCUAGGAAAUGCAUUUUCCAGCAUUCUAUUUUCAAAAAUUUUCUGGGUGAGCAUGCUCCCACACCCUCUUGGAGAAGAAGGGCUAAAGGGCCCACAACAGUACACUUUUCAGAAAACUCCAGCUACUAAAAACCUUAAAGAAAACCCUGCUUACAUGUAUGUAUACUUUUACAUGUAGUUGAUGAAACAAAGCUUUAGUAAGUAAUUUACAGAAAUUUUGAUAGACAGCAUAACUAUGAAGGUGUAGUAGUUUGAAAGCAAUUUCCAAGAAUUUUUGCCAAACAAUAUAAUCAUGGAUAUGAUGUAAUAACAAUUAUAACAAUGGUAAACUGAUAUUUGUUGACUACAAAUUCUUGUUAAAAAAUAAUCUCCAAUGUAUUUGCAGAACAAUAAAUGUUAACAAAUAAUUGUUUUUUUUUUCAAGGACAAAUUCAACCAUUAUUGUUGAGAAAUCAAUGAAAAAACAACACAAAAAGAGUUGCUUUCUUAACAUCCCUAAUUGUACUCUGCACUUUAUUAAGGGCUUUUCACAUCUUGCCAAAAUUGUUAUGAGAGGUCAUGUUCCAAGAGUGCUAUGAGUCAUGCUGAGGGUGUUUCAGACUUAUUUCCUGUGCCUCCAAUUCUUUCUUUGAAGCCAUCUUUAUGUACUUGUAAAAUAAGUUCUAAAAUUUUUUCAUGUGAAUACUUGUGCAUGCAUAAUUAUGUACGUGUGCAGUGUUCUCCCUUAUUUUCAGCAUGACAGGUAAAAUAAAUUUUCAAACUGGUAAAGCUGUCCUUUUACCUGUUGAAUUUUCAAGAAUUCCAAGCAAUUUUAAGUAGUAAUGAGAGGUACUACAGGUGGUAAAUGUUACCAGUUACUGCCUGAAAAGGAGAACACUGCAUGUGAGUUGACUCUGUUGUGGUUCAAAUAUUUCCUUCAAGUGUUAUACAUUUGUAAAAGCAGUUUUUUUGUUGUCUUCAGUCAUGAUUGUCACAGUGAGCACUUCACAAAUAAAACAAUAGAUCAAAGUGGUAUAGAAUGAUUUUGAACAAAGGAUUAAUUUGAACCACAACAACUAAAUGAAGUAUAUCAUAAUACACAACCUUAUGAUGAAUUUGAUACAUAAAAUAAUCUUUUCCUUAGGAUCGAAUGGAUGAUGACGCAGAAGGUUAGUGUCGCACAGUGUAUUAUUAUUAAAAAAAGAUUGUUGAUUCUAGCUACUUUGUUAAGCACUCCCUGAGGUGUACAUGUCUAUAAUCUUCAUGUUUCUUGGAGCUGAUGUUGAAUUUUAAGUUUUGUCAAGACAAUAAGUAUGGUACUUUUCUCUGAUGAAGACUGCUACCUGGGCUGUCAAAAUGUCACUGCUACUGACUACAAUCCUUCCAGGACUCCUUUCACUGAGACAAUCAGACUACAUGUUCAACUUAAGCUGUAUUCCUGAGCAAAAAAUUAAAACAAAUGAACAAGCCAACAAACUAACCAACCUACAUAGUAUAUAAACAAAGGAAAAAAACAUGCAAAAAAAAUUCAAACCAAAGAAGUUAUAUUGACAAAAACUCAUCUUUCUAUUGGUGACAUGUUGAGACCAACAAAUUCGAGAAAAUAAAUGAAAGAUAUUAAUAGCUCUGCUACAUUAGAUUAUUUGUCUAUUUUGACAUUUUUAAUCAAAGAAGGAUAAAUACAUCAUUAGUACCAUAACACUACAUGCAAAUGUGGUAUACAUGAAAGAGUCAUCUGUAUUUUUUGUGGGGUCAUUACCUCUUUAAACCAAUAUUUUGUGUUAGUGAAUAUUAAUUUUGAAUUGUUGAUUAAAUAUCUAAAAAAUCCUUCAUGAAGAUGUUGUGUAUUUAUUUUACACUUAAGUUCAGGCAGUUGAUUAUUACAAUGAAAAUAUGUAAUGUUAAUCUUCGCGAGAAGCUUCUCUGUCACUAGAUCAUGAAGUUUAGAUCCACAGACUUUGAAUUCUGUUAAUUUUUUAUUUGAAAUGGAUUUUGUGGCAUGUUUGAUCCUGACUUUUAGGUACUGCAAUACCACUACAGCUUUACAGAAUUUUGAUAUAUUUUGUACUCCUUCUAAGUUUAAUGAACCCAGUCAAACUUUUUUUGUGUGUGGCAAAUUUCAUGAGUCAAUGAAUUGCAAAAUUUUCAAUUUCUAAUUAUGCUAAUGGAAGUGUUUCAUAAACUGGGUAUAUUGAUUUCUUUCCUGUUUGAAUAAUUGAUCAUGUAUUCUUGGCACCUGCUAUGACUGCUGCUACAAAUGGAUUGAGGCUCACAACAAGGGUUUUGAGGUUUCGUUAAAAGAUUUGAAUGCAUUUACUACUGCAAUAAAUCACAGUGGGACCCUAGGCACAUGUGCUGUAUUGAGAUCAAAAGCAAUUGUUGAAUUUAAAGGCUUUAAAUCUGUUAGUUAUGGUGGUUCCUUCACAUGGCCAAACGUUUGAGGAGAAAAACUAGUGAGUGCAGGUUAAUAUUUAUAUAUUAACUCUGAAAUAAGACUUUUUCCUAUGAAAACUGUUCAUAAAAAUGUCAAAUCUUUCUCAGAUUUCCCCUUUCUUGGGUAUUUGCCCAAAUAUAUUUAUUUCUUGCUGCUAAUCUCCACAGAAACUUCAAUUUAGAUGUAGAAUUUCUUGUAAUUUUGAAUUUUAAUGCUUUGAACUCUCUCUCUUGAUUAUUUGUUUGGUGAGCAAGCAUGAUUAUUUCUGGACUGUUUACUUCAUGUGAAUUAUAAAGAUUACUGAAUUAGAGUCAGUGAUAACAUAGAAAAAUGUAAAAUGUGUUGGCAGCCGUGUGAAGAUGACCCAGUUUUCUUAUGUGAAAUAAUUUUUCCCAGCUGUGAAAUACCUUUAUAGACAAUCAACUGCCGUUAUUAGAGUGGCCAUUCAUUUUUAUAAUUUAUAGAACAAGAACUUCUCAAUGAGCACUCUUUGCAUGCUGUUCAGCUCCCCUUUAAGUCUACGAGUAGAUAAAAAUAUAAAAGAAUUGUAGGAAAUAAUCAACAAAUUUCAAAUUUUAGUUUUUAUGUGUAUUUCAUGUGUAUAUAUUAAUUUUGCUGGUGGCUAUCACUUAUAGUAGAUAAUGAGUAUAUGAGUGUCAGGACACGGAAUUCUGGCACCAAAUGCUGUUAUAGAAUAAUGAAAAUGGGCUUCUGUGACCUACAGUGUAGUCUUACUGUCUGAUGCAUUCAAUUUCCAUCACUCCUUUCUCUUCUCAAAAGGGAGAAAAAAAACAAUUUUUUGUAACAUUUAUAAAAAAUUCUGGUGAGAUUGUUUUGUUGAUCAGUAUUUCAUUAAAUAAUCUUACCUCUCUGCAGAUUUAGGUGACAAAGGGUUUUUUAAUUCUCCAUGUCGGGUAAACCUGAGGAUUUGGUGUUAAAUGAAACGUUAUCACAGGACGAAAUCACAUGUUUCCGUAUUUCUGAAACGUGGCGGAAACAUGCAACUCCAUGUUUCUGUUAUGUUUACGUAAAAGUGGUCCGGUUCCGUUGUAUACGCAGCAACGGAAACGCGAGAAAACGUCACGAAACCGGUAACGGAAACACAGGUUAUCUGUCGUGUUUCCGGAACGGUUUAACAUGUUUCUGCCACGCUUCCGUUUACGGAUUCUUGCGAUUUUGUCCUGUGUAUCCUGUAGGUGAUAUUUUUGUAUCACAUAUUCCUUGCGCUUGGAAUUGCAUUGAUGUUGGAAGUAUAUUGUUUGUUUUGGUCAUUCCUGGGGGUUCAAAGGGUACACUGUUUGUGCAUAUUGAAAAAUAUUUAUUCUGAGCUAUUUGCAUGAAGUAUGAUGUUGUUAAGGUGGCGCUCUAAAUAUUUUGCAUAAUUAUAAUGUCUUUUUGUAUCUAAUAGGGGAUGACUUUUUAAUGGGAGGACCAACAGCACAUGUAAGGUUUCAUUGUACUUAUUACAUGUGCAUUGUAGUACGUUAUAUUCUGAUGAGUAUAAGCCUUGUAGCCUGUUUCAGGAUCUCAGCAGUUUGUGGAGAUGAGCAAAGAGAGGGAUCAAAAGAUACAUGAGAGAAAUGAUUGGGAAUCAAUGUAAAGAAUAAUGCAAAGCCUGAAAUAAUUGCUGUAAAUGGCUCAUUCUGCCCUCUGAUCCACCCACUACCACAAGAAACUUAAUACAUGUAUCAAUGUACACUGCUAAGUCUUAGUUCUUUGAGUAUUACUGCAAUUUUUGUAUUUCACAAACAGGUACUUUCUCGAUACCUGAUUUAUUUUUCAUAUCUGGAAUUUAGUUGAUAGUGAUUCUUUGGACUUAAUAUUUUGUAGCUGGAACCUCUAGAGAAAGAGUGGCUUGUAUCAGCAGCUAAAGGAAAUAGGGCACAGAUCAUGUGUCUCUUGGAACAGGAUCCUAACUUAGCAACUAAAAAAGUAAGUUUCACCUGCAUCACAAUUUGAUAUGGUUAUGUAUGUGUAAAGGUUCUUAUAGCUGCAAAAAGAUUGAUACAAUAUUACAACAAUACUACACUGUAAUUUCUCACACUUUUUGGCGGUGUUUGGUUCAAUAUUUUCUAGUCAUUAAAAAUAUUGAAGCUGAAUUAUUUCUGACAUGACAACAGAAUGGAAGAAGUAGUUCUUCAUGGAUGUAUUUUAUUGUCAAACUCUGAAAGUUUGCUAUUUUCUUUACUGUUUUAGGACUUUAUGCAGGUAUGUAAAUAUAUUUGUUUAUUAUAAGUAUGAUUUUUGUUUAUUUAUUAGAAUUUUAUUGUGAAAAUAUAAUUAUGACAUGUACAAUACUUUGUUACAACAUAGCUAGUAAAUCUGUCUAAUCAAAUUCAAUUGUGCGAGCAUGCUUCAUAUUCCUAUUUUGCACGCUCAUGACGUCAGAAACCAAAUCCCUCGAGAAAAAAAAUUUUCCAUUGGGUUGAAAAUGUUAUAAAACAAUGGGUUCAUACACCAGCUGUGUGUUCAUCGAGAUAUGAAGCACUUGGGAAGUUAGGAGAGAACUCAAGAAGCUAGAGUUGCUUGAGGUGUAGCCUCGAGCAACUCUUAUGCAUCUUUCGUGCUCUCCAAACUUCCCGCAUGCUUCAUAUCUCAAUGAAGGCAUGCUGACGUAUGAACCAAUUGUUAAUUAUUGUUGUUUUUAGAUAAUGUUUGUCCCCUUUGCCAAUUUAUAAUGUAUAGCUGAGUGAUAUUUAUCUUAAUGCUAAAGUCAGGCACUAACUCUUCUCUGUUUUCUCUUUUCAUCGCAUGUUUAAAGGGGGUGAGUACAAUGCUAAUUUGUAUUUUGGAAAUUUUUGUGUGUGGAAUACAAAGUCUGAACAGUGGUGUUUCACAUACAGGUUUUGAUCAAAGUGCACUUUUUUGAAGGAUAUGUAAAGGAUUAUAUGAAGGAUAUUUAAAGUCAAAUGUAGCUCAUUGUGAGAAAGAAUUCAUUGCACAUGCAUUGAAACGAAAUGAUGGAAAUAUCUGAUUAAGAUAAAUGUAAAUCAAUUAAAAUGUGUUAAUAUUACUGAAUAUUCACUUCAAAGUAUUUUUAUAAAUCAUAAUCAUCAAAUUGAAGAAAAUUCUUUGCUAGCCAAAUCAUGAAGCUGUCAAUGAACUGAGGCCAUUGUGUUGUUUGUACAUGCAUCAAUUAUAACCUUCUUUUUUUCUCUUUCAUAUGUACAUCUUUUUUUAAAAAUUAUUUGGAUCCUUCCUUUGCUGGUUCAUCAAAACUAUAGUAUGUAAGUACAUUAUAUAUUUUAUAUAAAUUUUGAGCAAUACGUGUACAUUUACAUUAGUUAAAGAAUAGUAACAAAACCUCUCCUUAAGAUGUACUGGUACAUGUCACAAAUGUAAUGGCAAAAAAAAGUAAAAUUUGUGAACACUUUUUUUACAUGUUUGUGAUAUUUGUAUUUGUAGGGCAUCACUUUUCCUUUGUGACUUCUCUCUUUAUACCAGCUCUCAUUGUAAUAAUUAUUUCCAUCUUUAUUAAUAUAUAUAUUUUUAAAAGUGAUUAUGAUUAUUUUCAAACUUCGCUUCAAGUUAAUAAUAAAAGCUUUACAGGUGUACGUUCUCAUAGCAAGAUUCUGGUAACUUUAUAAGUGUGGGAUUGGACAAAAGAGUGAGGGGUAAUGCUGAUGGAAAUUACUCGACUCUCUAUAGAGUGCAAUCCACUGGGCAGCCAAGCAUGGAAGAGCCGACAUUGUGAAGCUUCUAGCUAGUACAGGAAUUGAUGUGAAUGUUAGAACGGUAUGGAAGUUUUUUCUCUCUUUUGGUCUUUUAUAUCGAAAUGAUAUCAAUUUUUAUAAAAUGACACGAUCCUCAAUCAACCAAGGUGAAGCAGCGCUUUUUUCUGAUUGGUUACCUAACUAGGUAAGAUUAAGCAAAUGCAUUGUUCUGAUUCGUUACCCAACCGGGCAAGAAUUGCCCGCAAAAAAUUUUAGUUUAUAACUUGUUGGUAUUUUUUUUUUGUUAAGGAAAAAACUUUGAACGAUAUCUUUGUUUGCUUUUUUUAUCAUUUAGAAGAGUAGUCAAACUAAACACUGUGGAAAAAAACGAUUUUUAUUAAUCCUGUGUUAUGCGUAUUUUAACGUAGCCUGAAUGGUUGCAUGAAUAACCGGGAUUUUUUCUUUUGAUAUUUUCUUUCAUAAUCCUGGUUAUUAUCCUGUUGAACAGAACGUAAGUAACAGUCGAGUUAUUCUUAACCAUCUAUUAUUGAUUUCCUAGCUUAAUGAUACUUUAUAUCUUAAUUUUUUUGUAUGGUGUAGAAGUUUGAUUUAGUAGAAAUUGUAAUUGAGAUGUUCCACGAAUACUGAUGUGGUGUUGUUUCUCUCUUUUUUUGCUUACUCCAUGGAUUACUUCAACAUAUCUCUCAGGGGGUAAGUCAUUCUCUUCUAACUGUUAAUCUAUCUUUAUUAAAAAACGGCUUCAGUUUUUGUCUUCCUCUUGAAUCUGGAACCAAAAUGUCUUAUUGUGUGAUUUACACUCUUUUCUUUGAUCCUCGUCAUCCCUCAGCAUUAUCCUUAGUCUUAGUGAAUUUUGUCCAUUUAAGUGUUUCUAUUGCACCAAACAAACUAUUGGGUAGCUUCUUUUACUUAAAGGUGAUUUCGCCCUUUAUCCGAACUCGCGCGGCGAAUUUUCCAGUUCAGCAGCCAAUUUUGUGAUCAUUGUUCCUCCUUACUCAGGGAUACACUCCACUUCAUCUCGCUGCCAUGCACGGACACGACGCUGUCAUAAAAAUGCUUGUCUCUGAGUAUGGUGAGUUAAAAACUUUUUAUUUUUAUUCUACCGCAAUAGUAGUAUAAGCAUUGAAACUUUCACAUUAUCCGCAAGGUUACGACAUUUGACUGACGGUGAUUUUGAAUUUGUUAUCGCACAGAAGCGGAUAUAAACUGUCGUGACUUCAGUGGCAAGAAACCGAAACAAGUGGCUAGAGUCGAAAACCUGACGAUUGAAGCACAAGGUACAUAAAGAUAGAAUUGCAAUAAAUUCAAAUCAGAAGCAUUAAGGAUGAUAUGCACAAAUAUAGGAUAGGAAUAACAGAAACGGUAAAUUUUGAUAACGGUCUUCGAGUAAAGAAAGCUGUUAUUCGUGUUCAAUGAGCGCGGGACAGAGAAGAAAUCCGAAUCCCAACAUGAAAAGAGUUAUCCAUCUACCGUCGCAUAAUUAAGAAAGGCUACCGUUUGCAAUUCGUUGAAAGGACUGGCAUUAAGUCACUCUGUAAUAGCGGAGCUCGCAGAGCGUAGCCCCAUAGUUAUACAAAAUAGUAAUAACCCAUCAAGCCGAAAAAAUUGGAUGUACGACCGUACGACCGUACAAGGUGCUACUUUUAACAUGCCUGGUCAGCUGUACCGCCAACGCCACGGCUUUGUUCAGUAGUCCAGUGGUCAGUGUACUGGGCUCCGAGUCGGACGACCCGGGUUCUAGUCCUGGCCGGGGCAAGGCGUUUUGCCCUUGGGACGUGCGGGGUAAAAAUGCGAGCUCCGCUUUUAGGCUUGGCUGUAAUCAAUGUAUCUAAUGACUCAUCUUGCUGAUAUGCUUUAUUUUUAGCGCUCCUAGAGGAUCAAUUCCGAAAUUAUUCAGGUAACUAUAUGAGAAACAGCAUCUUUUUUAAUGUAUAUUUGAACGUCGAUAAUUUUAAGAGAGAUGUUUGAUUGAGUGUGGUUAAACCGAAACCAAAAUGCGACACAACUCAAAGGCCUUCAGGAUCUCUAGAGGCCUGUGAGUUAUCAAAGAAAAUGACUAUAAUCACCCAUUUCUGAAACGCGGCAAAAUACGGGUAACCAGACUGCAUUGAGCAUCUGAUUGGUUGAGUUGAAGGUGCGAGUUGUUUUUUUUAAUAAAUCACAAAACUUAGAAGAGCAAGAACGAGGGUAUCCCGACAAGUCUCAACAAUCGAUCGGAAAUCUCUCACAUUGUGGCCACUAAGUAUCAGUGGUAAAAAUGUGAAUCCUUACUUUUCUUGUAGUGUGCCUUUUUUUGAGAGGUUUUACAGGCAACAGUAGUGCGCAUUUAGAAAUUAAGUCUCACACAGUCAUGUUAUAGCACUGUUAACAAUUUGUGGUAAUGGCGUGUCCUUUUUGUGAGGGGCUGGCCAUAAAAUAUGUUUUGGAAGUCUUGAUACAGUGUAUCAGCUACAGGUGAGACAAAAGGAAUAACAGUCCUCUACACACUAAGCGUUUGAAGUUGCAUUUCUUUUUCUUUUUUGGGUCCUAAUGGGAAGUUCAUGUAGACAUGGUACUGAAUGAUGGGCGGGAAUAGGGAAGGGGGGUAGGGAGGAGGAAUGUGGGUGGAGGAACGGAAGGGGGGGUAGGGAGGGGGAAGUGGGUGGAGGGACGAAAGGAGGGUUACUCUGGCUCGGAUAAACGGGGUAAGUUUGUAAAGAAACUGUGGUGCUGCGUCGGUGGAAGAGUGUAACAGGGUAAUUUAGUAUUAUCAACUGAUUUGAUAACGUAAAUUGGCCACCGUAAAGAGUUUCAAAGCUGACGUUUUGAGCGUUAUCCCUUCUUCAGAGCGAAUGACGAAGGUCUGACGCUCGAAACGUCAGCUUUUAAACUCUUUACGGUAGCCAACUUACGUUAUCAACUCAGCUGAUAAUACUAAAUUACCUUGUUGCUCUGGCUUGGUUUUCUUGCUUGGUUGAUUUGAAUUAGAUGAUAUAUUAUGGAAGUUGUCAGGUAAUUAUGAAAUAACGAUGGAACGAACAGAGUACAUACAACUUUAGUAUUGUGUUUUUGAGAGUCUUUUUAUCCAAUGCUACUCCUGAACUCAGAUGAGGUUACAAGUUCAAGUAUAGUCAGAAGGUAUAGCGAGAUCUUCCUGGCUGGAAUACUGCGACUGAGCGGAAGGGGCAAGAAGGACAGCAACAAUAACUCAGAUAAAGCUACCAAAUAACUUUAUUGAAUAUCUUCAUGCUAGCCUUUGCAAACUGAUCGCUAACAAAAGGCUUUGAGAAGCAACGUGUAUGCAUUUGAAUUUGUAGAGUUAUAGUUAGGCUUUAUGCGAGAUAUCUUUGCGUACUGCAAGCUGCUUGUGAAAAGUAGGGAUAGUAGAUUUUUUCAACGAUAUAACAUUCAACUUAAGAAGGACAUGUUAUUAAAAGGGAACUGAUAUGUGCAAAUUAAGGUAACAUGCUAUUUCUAAGAAGAUGCCAUCGAGGUGGAAGAUAUAUGAUAAUUUAAAGCAUUUUUUAGUGACGUACUCUCCUUUUCCGAGGGUGAAGAUGCUCUGCGUAAGCAAGAACUUAUUUUAGAUCUUUGUGCAAAUAUUUACAAUUGUACUAAAAGGUUUGGCCAGUUUUUUACUUAUAUCCGAUAGAUAUCAUUUGUUAUUUUGAACUGUCCCGUUGUAACGACGAUGAGUGGUUAUAUCUCCAUCUUCUACAAAAGCAAGGAAAACUAUUUGACAUUCAAAAGCCUAGAUUUUAAAAAGUUUUGUCUCUCCCGUUAUAAGGUUAAACAGAGUAAAUAGUUUAAAAUACUAAAUGUAAUCAGAUUGUUUUGUUCUGCAACCUUCCAGUGACUCUCGCGAUCGAUUUCAUCAUGUCACAGUUUCGUGGUUGUGUCUUAAAUCCUAUUUCAAUUCUCGUUUUCGCUUGUUUCUAUGUGUUAAAACUUAUUUUGUGAAAAUAUACCUCUGCUAGUUUGUUCGUUUCAUAGGAGUUCGUCUCUAUCUCAAAAAGCAUCUCAAUUUGUGAAACAUUGUUUGGAGGAGACGUACAUGAAAUGCGUAAUUAUAGCGAUGAGAAAGGUACUCUCCUCUCCGCCGGUACUAGAUAUGUCCAAGCAAGUUUAAAAUCUAGUGAGCUUCUCUGUUUAACAACAUUUUAAACAGCAUCUUCGAUAUUCACUAGUCUAUCAGGAAUUCAAAUGUGGUUUUUUCAUUUUUUUUAAAGUUUUUGGCGGCAGUUAUAGCGGAGUGGACAUGAUAUUGUUGAUGUUUUAUCUCUUUUAAUAUUCCAGUAUUCUCGGUAUUGAUUUACUUGCCUUGUGAAAAAACCUCACCUCCUAGCUGUUGGAGCUGAAACUUUUUAAGCACUCAGGUGUCUGGACAAGCUAAUACUUAAGUUUCUACCAAGGUAGUUUCUGAGUGAUGCGACUUUGGCUUGACUUGACACAUUCACGUGACAACAUCUCGCACUUGCUGUUUUUCUUAAGAUAGCAUGGAAUAGGUCAGUGUUGCUGCUUAAGUGUGCCUCUCGUUAAAAUUAGCAAGUACUACCACAGCACGUUACUGGUUUCAAUAAUUUGCGUUCCACGUGGAAGGUAAUUUUUGUAUAUGUUGCUGGACUUGGAAAAAGCUAUUUCCACGUGGUAGGGAACCUUGUAAUGAUUAUUGUAGCCCUCUGAUGACAUAUUUAAACUUAUGUAAUUAACAUAGAUCUCUACUUACCUUGAGAUGGUGUGACAUGUAAGCGUGAUGGUGUAACGUAGACAUUUCAACAAAGCGGAAAGUACCUACCGUCUUACCAGGGAAGAAUUCGCUAUAUCCGGCUUGUCUCUCAUAGCAACGCGUUUGAUUUUACUGGAUAGUCACUGAUUAUUUUUUAUUUUGUUUUUGUGUUGGUGUAGUUAUAUGUUAUUUUAUUCUGCCUGAAGGGCGAGGGCAGCGUGGAGAAGGGGGUUUUGUACGUUAUUGACCAAGAAAAUUCUGGCUCUUUAGUCAGUUGUGGGAAAGAGGUUUUGUGAAACUAUUGAAACCGUCCUCACAGUGAAAAAGCGCAUCGCAAUUCAUUGCUUGCGUAGGGCAAUGUGUCCUAUUAAGUCUUUUGAGGUAGCUUAGUUUGAUGGAUAGAUGGAGAGAGGGAUGGGAGUAGACGGUUUGAGACUUCAGUCGGUUGUCAACGCCCUGGUUUAUGGUUUUUUUCUUGAAUUUGUACUUUUAAGCCUUGGAGUUACUUUGCAUUAAAGAUACACAGCUAGGCAUUUGUUUUCUAGGUUUUGUCCUCGUGAAUGUCUUUAUCACGAUCGUCAUUACUGGCUCGUUCUUGCGCUGUUAGUUAGACGCAUGUGUGAUGUACCACUGGAUUUUUUACGCAGACUCAGUGAUGCUUACAACGUUUACUUCGCCCAUUAGAGCCUCACUGACUUUUAUGUUUUCGCAAGGAUUAUUGCUCACUUUCUCUCAACUAGGGUGUCUAGAAAUGCAUGGAGAGUAGUUUGCAGUUCUCGAAAAGUUUUUGCUAGACAAGUACCUUAAGUUCACAAAACUGAUAUGCCUGUUGUCAAUGUUAAAUUUGCUCGUGUGGAUGUUUUGGUUAGGACAACUGCAGAGCAAAUUUUAGAGGGGUGUUUGGGAAAUUUUUAUUCCAGCAAGGCUUCAGGGAAAAGUGUAUCUACCAAGGAAAAAAACUUGCUAGUUUUAAAGCGUAGAGAAAGCAAAGCAAUUGUGUAAAUGGACCUGUUUGUGCUUGUUUUGCAGAUACAUCAUCUGAGUCAUCAGGCUACGGCUCGCUCAGUAAAUACGGCUCCCUAAACUCCAAUCCGGGAGUGGUGAUGUCCAGUCACCACAGCAACAGCGAGAAGGGCAGUGGUAAAAACGAAGUGUCCGAUGAUAAAUCCAGGUCAAGAUCGGUAAGAUGUGUUCUUUUCCUUUCACAAUUGUACAGGCCUCGGUCAAAGGGUGGAUAACGCUGUCCACUUGAUAAAUCGCUAUCAGUUGUUCGAAGUUCGAAUAAAACUAUCCGCUUGAUACAUCUCUAUCCGGUGGAUAACGCCAUACCUUUUGCUAUCACUUAUUCACUGGAUAGCGGUUUAUUUGUUGGAUAACGUUAUUCGACUUUUACACAACUGGACCCAGGUGGAUAGCGCCGUACGUUCUGUAACAGUUACCUUGGAUUCAUGCGUAAGAUAGCGUUAUCCGUCCUUUGAGCACCUGGGCCCAGAUCCUUCCCCCAACCUUUCCUUUCCCCCUUCCACUGCUUUAGUCACCCACGUUCCCGUUAAGGUUUUCAAAGAUUAUGUCGCAGUCGGACUGUUGAGUCUGGUGCAGUGGCUGUUAUUUCAGACUUCUUUUUAAGCCUGUUAAUAAUUUUAACUCGCAGAUGUUACAAAAAUUCCAUCAAAAACAACAAACAGUCAAACAAAACAGAUCAAAAAAGAAAACAGCAACAACAAUCAUAACAACGGUUUUGAAAAAUUCCCGCGGAUUUGUGGGACGCUACUCAAUCCCUCUUUCUUUUUUCUGUCGCUUUCUGAUUUCUUGAAAAUCAGCUAGGCCCAAUAGUACAUGCUGUAAAACAUUUCACACACUCAGUCAAACCUAGGAUUGGAAAACCACGUGGAGCGAUGUUUGGGCCUUUUGCAGUUAGGAGAGGAGAGUUUUAGGAUGUUACAUGUGUGAAUGUUACAGCAGAAAGACUGGACGUUGUGUAAACGAUGUCUGUUUUCUCUUUUUACAUCUCUUAUAUCAACACCCAUAGCCCCGGUCCAGACAUAUCUAAUCAAAUGGCUGCUGCUUCCCGCUCAUUUCUUCCUGGUGUAACAUUAUGUCAACCGGUCACCAUUAGCGCGUCAAAACUACUUGCGCGUGGAAAGGACUCGCGCGUCACGAGCUGCUGCGGUAACUCAUGACUCGCUCGAUUGUGGACUGUUUGCGUGCAUGUAAACAAUCGUGGAAGAAUCAUGUGGAUGCGUGCAAACCCAAGUCUAGACCGUUUUCAUUUUUUUUUUUCAUUCGGGUUUUACGUGCACGCGUGGACGUAUGCAUGGAUAGAAAAAACAAUCUCCUCACGCUUAAAGCGCUAGACCCAUAUCCAAAAAAUAAGAAAAACAAGGAAAGAAAAAAAGAAAAGCAUUUUACCCUACGAUUGAUAGCCAUGUUCCAGAAAACCCGAGUGUAUGCGUUCACGAGGAAGCGAAAAGAUAAUUGACAUCGAGUAAAAUCGCUUGGGCUUAGAGAAGAAUAAGCUGAAUAUUUAGGCAUUUAUGUUUAAAAAAUCUGCCCUGGUUAACUGUGAUGUAAACUUUCGGUCUCCCUAUUGCGAAUGUCUCCAUCCGUUGUAGUUUAGGUUAAAAUGGUACCUUUUUUCUAUUUGGUGCCCCUAUUCAACGUAACAAUCACUGGAGAAAUAAGACAUCGCUGAUAGUAAGUUGCUGUUGAGCAGAUGUUCUAUUUAUGCCUGUGACUUGGAAAGGGAAUUUUAGUUUUAGAUGGCUUUGCCGAGAAAAGUUAUCUUACAAAGUCUAAAAGAGCACUUGGCAAUGCUAUAAAGUUAUUUUGGUGAUAGGUGUUUACGGUUGGCUGCUCGAAGUGUAAAACGCCUUGUCUUGAGAAAACAUCUAUGAAUACAAAUACAUGCCCUUUCUAUCUACAUGUACCUACGUGUUUCGCGUUUAAGUAUCGAAAAUCUAUGAGAAGUGCUGUUAUUUUUAGGAGAACUUUUCUUCAGUCAUGUCUGUGGGUUAUUCUAUCACGUGCGUGAGAUAUUUUUAGAAAUAACCGUUGUUUGCAAUAUUGCCUUAGAAUAUUAUGCAACAUUGCCUUAUUGCCUUAAAAUAUUCCCGAAGGUGUAUUGCAUACACCUUCGGAAAUAUUUUAAAGCUGCUCUUAGACAUUAAUUUAGAAACAUGCCUCUCGGCUGUGAGAAUUCUGAGAACAUUUGCGAUCUGCGAGUUUUCAUUGGUAAAAUGAAUUCCAUACUUAACGUUUUGUCAGGUGUUUUUUCUUUGACACUUUUAACCUUAGACUGCUUUAGUUUUGAAGGCUUUUAGGAGCGAAAACAAUUUUUGUUUUUCCCAUGUUAUUGCGCGGAUGUUUUGAAUUUUUGUAAACACUUAAUUCAUAGCUGUACCAUGAUAACAUGCUGGAGAUCAGUGUUUUUAGAAUCAAUGAAUUAAUUCCUGUCAUUUUUUUUUAACCUCCUUCUAAAAUAAGAAAAGGGCAUGUUUUUUUGGCGAUUUGGAGGCCUUUGAUGCAUCUAAAAGUCGUUCAUUUAACCGGAACAGAUAAGCGUAUUUGAUAAUAUCGAAAAGCGAUUAUCGACACAAAAUGUGUGUUUGUUAUUAUGAUCGAAAAUGACAACCCAAUUUUCAGACUUCCUAUUUAAACUCGUUGGUUUUCCAAGCCGUACUUACGUGUAUCUCUGUAGCACAUGUUCAGUGUAGUAGCAAAAAGGCUUGUCCUUUACAGCGCGGAACAGUUAUUCAUGGAUUCAGUAUCGGUAAACUGGAUUCUUCCUCCGAAAAAUUUCUUUUGUUUUUCAAAGGAAACCUUUCCUGUUUCCUCCGGCAGUUUGGCCUCGAAGGCAUGAUCGCGCGCUUUGUCGCGAAGCGUCCACCGUGCGAUGAUGCUUGUGAAAAUCUUGAUGUUACCAGCCCAUAAUGGUCGUUAUGUCUAGAUUUCACACAACUCUAGACCAAUAUACUUAGUAUGGGAACGAUUGUGGAAAAAAGCGGGGCACGAUUUAACAUGUUUUUAUCCCCUUUAGAGUAAUUUGUUCGAAGGUCAUAUUAUGACAGACGUGUCAAAGUCCAUUGGCAAUUAAGAUAAUGUUAUUGACUGGGUAAGAUUUUCACGAGGAAAUGUCUCUAAUGUAGAAACCGUGUGUGCAUUUUCGAAGCUAUAUCGCGAGAUGCUGCUGAUAUUGGAAUUUGCUAUCGAUGUUUUUACAAUGAUCUUCGACAUUGUUCCGAAAAAUACGUUGGAUUAUAUGGCCGUGAUUAGCGAAUGUGAUACCACUUGAUAUCCAGUUUAUCAUGAGAAAAUGGGAAUUUGAUGUUUCUCAAGGAAAUUGAGCAAAUUUACCUUGGUUGAUGUUAUAUUGAUGCUAAAUGCCUCGAAACUCUUACCGAUUCGUUGGUUGUCCGCGGUCACGAUAAAUGAAGUUUGCAGAAAAAGUAUAUUUUAAAUGUCAACCACACAGUUGGGAUAAUAUGAAUGGACUUUGUGUGAAUAAUUUCCUUGUGGUAAAUAUGUAAUUAGCUCUGUCUAAUGUUGUUUUGAUUUUGACGUUGUCUUCGUCUGCUCGCUUUCCCAAGUCAGUUAGAGACAAUGAACGAUUUAAGCAUUAAUUUAAAUGUUUGAGUACUUUUGCGGCUCAAAGCGUUUGGUCAAUAAAAACAAGGGGAAAAAACAGGACUUGUAUCCUUAUAUCAAAUUCCUUACGAACCGAUAUAAUAUUUCGUUCAAUAUAUCUCGUCGUCAGUGUGAUUUCAGAAUAUCUGUAAAAUCUCACGCAUUGAUUUCACUUCGUCACUAAAUAAUAAUAACAAAAACUUACUUUAACAAGCGGAUUCAGUUUAUGUUGCUAUCGAUGAAAAAUUUGAACGGGGUGCAAUAAUUUUUGUCUCUUUCAGCCGGUGCCCUAUCAAAUUGUUCAUAAAAACCAACAUCUGCCCUCAAGGUAUUCGCCUUUAACAAGUUUGUUGUUGCGAGGAUCGUGAAGGUUUCUUUUGCGGUCUUGUCUUACAUUUGAUUCUCGCGCGGUUAACACGCGUGUUAGACACGCGCCCUAACUCUCCAUUAUAUCAUAAACCUUUACUGGCCUAUCGUUGGGGUUUCUCUAGUGGGGCAAUCCACUCAAACCCAGACCUCAUAAAUGCUUCCGUCUGCACUCCUCUCUCCCCUCACCCCCCUCCCCCUUCCUUUCCCACCUCGUUUUCCAGACUCAAAAACGCUGCCUGUUGUCUCCAGAAAUGACUCAGUCCCAUUCUUCUUGGUCUAGAAGUGUUCAUUAUCUAAGCAACUAUCUCCAUUUUUUUUUCCUAUUUAGUCGUCCAUAGGUAAAUUUUUGAUGAAAAAGAGACAGAAGCAGAAAGAACGCGCACCAGUGCCGCACUUUCCUCCAAGUAGCACCAGUGCUGGGUAAGUGUUACCUGAUUCAAAUUUGACUUAAAUUUGUGCCAGGGUCUCUGUCGGUGGAGAGGAACGUAGAGCGAACGAAAACCGCGAUAGGACUUGGAAAGAGUUUGAGUAAAAGCCAUUUUCCUACCCGCAAUUCCCCCGCUCGCCUUAUUCUUCUCUCGUCUGUACUUGCCAAGAGCCCUUUAAUAGAAAUAUAAAUGUAGAUAAACAUUUGAAAGUGAAAGGAAAACAAAGAUCAUAAACAAAUAAAUAAAUAAAUAAAAUUAUAAGUGAAUGAAUGUACAAUAAAAGGAUUAAAAAUGAAUAAAUAAAUGAUAAGAUAAAUGAAAAAAAAAACAGACAAAUACAUGAACAUAUAAACAAAUAAAUGAAUGAAUAAACACGGCGGAUUAAGGGCAAUUUAAAUAAAUUCAUUACUAACAAACUAGAAAAUAAAACUCGGUAAACUGUUGUUUUAAUUCUCAGCUCUCAAAGUGUGAUGAUGUACCGUCGAACAUCUGACACUCAGCCUUUUCAAACCACAGUUCUUCAGAGCAGUUUUCGCAGAAUCCUGAGCUCAAGUUUAGAGACCAGACACAGAGUGCGACCAUAUAAUUACACUAUAUAGCCAAUAAAGUGGAAUAGAAUGAAGAAUAAAAUAUCAACUCAAAAUAGUAAUUAUAACUUAAAUUAAGCAUUUUAUAAUUUUUUUUAUAAACAUGGUUUUUAAAAAAAUACCCUUUUUUCGUAAGUAUCUGAAAAAAAAAAAGUGCGAGUAUAAAUAAAGAUUAAGUAAUAUUCCCUAUUCCUCAUGGGAAAAAAAGAAAAAAAUCUUUUGUAACGUUUUUUUUGCAAAUAUAUUCUUCAAUUGAUACUAUAUUGUAACUAACUUGGAAGAAUAUAAAACAGUCAACUUUACAGUCAACCAAUUCGUUGGUUAUUUUAUAACACGACUAUAAUAGUUAACAUCUUUAAUAAAAACUUGAUAAAAUUUAACAAACAGUCCCUAUACCUUUGUAACGAAUGUGACUUGAACAGCUUUUUAUGUAAGAUAUUAUGGCGUAACUUAUUGUUUGUGACCGCCGCAGUUGAUAUUUAUCUCGCAGACUAGCAUUUUGUUAUUAUUUAUGUGGUAAAUUGUGGCCUCUUAGUAAAGUAUAAUACUUUUUGCCAAGUGAUCAGGUAGACUACUGCAGAGUAUUUUCAUUCCUGUGCAAUGAUUUUCUUCCAAAGAUGUAUUUAUAUGCAUAUUACAUAAGCGUUGUAUUUGAAGUCAUGUCUAGUUUGGUCAUUUAAGUUAUGUUGACCUCGGUGAAGCCUAAGUUGACGCUUACCGCUGAUAAGAAACGAAAAUGUGGUUGAGAUGCCCGGCAGUUCGAGUCAGCUGAGACAGAAGAUUGUAUUUCCUUGAUGGGAAUUCAUGCGGAUUAGCGAGAAGUUGAUGGUAACUUAGUUCGAAAAGGGGGCUCCAACGCUCUUAGUGAACGUGGCCGGUAAUGAAGGUCAUUUAGAGUCGGUGUUGUUUGCACAAUUUAGUUGGAACAUGUUAAAAACUCAGGGAAUUUAACGUACGCUUUAACUUUUCAAUGUAGCGAGUCUAUGGACUUCUUAACACAAUAUGCUAGUCAAAAAACCCCCAAUUUCUGGCGUAAUUUGUCGUAUGUUGUAUACUCUUAGAAUUAUGAAGUUCUUAUGCAUUUUUCAGCCUAGUUCAAAACGCGUCUGAAAUUAUUUUUUAGCUUCGCUCGUCACCAUUCGAUAUCAGGCACAUACCUCGUGCUCCUUGUGAACACUUACAAAACCUAGAAGAAAUUCGACGAUUUUUUGAGCCAAAUUAGCAGAGUAUAGCAAAACCAAUGCAAGCCUUGAUUGCCCAUGACAAUCGAUUGAAAAUUGCCCCCAAUAUGACGAAAAUUGGUACUUUUGUUUACAGAUUAUUGAUAAGCACCCCAUUAUCAGUUGAAUCUGGGUCGUUUGAAGGGAGCCCUGGACUCAUAUCUCAGCGAACCUACUCAGACUCUAAUCUCCUCAAGUCGACUGGUGUUUAGCAUCCACAUAAACGAUCACAGCAAAGAAGAGUUGUUCCACAAACUCUAUUUUCCUGUAAGAAGCCAUGCCCUGUUGGAGUCACAGUUGUUACCUCAACGCUCUUACUCUAGAAAUUAGUCAUAAAACCUUCCUGCAGGAAAGGAUUGAGAUUCGAGAAAAUUAGGAAAGAUAGGAUGCUUUUUUGUUAGAAGUCCAAACUCUCCUACCAAAGUAGAAGAAAGUGUAUAGUAGCUAGAAGAGAAUGCUCGACUAAAGAUCAGCCAUCUCACCGUUACUUACUGUGUGGGACUGAAAAUAUACGAGAAUACAAUGCUAAGAGCUAAAUUGGCCAACUUAGUUUUUAUUUACGUCGUGUGCACGGUUGUCUUUUGUGCUGUCUUUGUAAAAAUAGACGAUGUUUUCAUCAUGUUUUCAUUAUUUUAUAAUGUUUAUAUUUAUGUUGGCCCAGGUUUUCAAAGUACAGCCAUCUCUGUACGGCACGUUUACAUAAGGAACCUUUCCCACAGCCGGCAGAACUUACAUUCAUCUGCCUAAAUUUUUUAGUAAA